UACUAAUGAGUACUGGUGCUAUUGUUACAGACUGGAGUUUGAUGCCUACAGGACCGACCUGGAGGAGUUGAGCGUGGGUCCGCGGGAUGCUGCAGCCAUGGUGCGCAUUGAGAUGGCUCAACAGCAGUACCAAAUCCAUAAAGACAAGUAUGAACGACUGCACAGUGAUGUCAGCAUCAAACUCAAGUUCUUGGAGGAGAAUAAGGUAAAGGUGAUGCACAAACAGCUCCUACUGUUUCAUAAUGCUGUCUCUGCGUAUUUCGCUGGAAACCAGCAGCAGCUGGAACAGACUCUCAGACAGUUCAAUGUGAAAUUGAAGCCACCGGGUUCUGACAAGCCAUCGUGGCUUGAGGAACAGUGAUCACUUUGUCGAUGUAAAGAGACACUCAAACACGGAAACCUGAAAAUGGAUGGACAGGGAUGUAAAAGUGAUUCGUAUGAAUGAUUAAGACAAAAGAAGUAGAUGUUUUUAAGUUGCCAAACCUCGGAAAGAGGCCCGGUUUAUUUAAAACCAGAACGUCUUCAAAUGAAUAUUAAUUUUUAUCCAAAUGGCUUAUGGAAACUAACUGUGGUUACGUUUUACACCUGCCUUAACUUACCAUCU